AUGAAAAACGAUGAAAAACUUUAUUAGAACAUUCAGAAAAGAUUGGAAGGCAGGCUAGAUUUCACCAACAAAAAUGAUGAUAUAAGAAAUUUGUUAAUUGAAUGCAAUAAAAUUUAGGAUAAUGAAUAAGGCUAUAAAAGCAUAAAUCUGAUAUUUUAAGCAAUCCAAAAAUCAGGACAGAAAGUUUAGCUUUCUGAUUCGGAUCAAAUUCAAAUAGUUAAAUCCUGCAAAUCCUUAGCAAUCCUCGGUUUCCUUUACAAUUAGGAUUAAAUCAAAUUAUAAAAUAAAGAGAAGGAAUUCAGAGAAAAUAUCAGAUAUCAGAUUGAUGAACUUCAAAUACAAGGCAGUUUAGAAAAAGCCUUCUUAUUUGAUGUUGCAAUCAAGUGCGACAACAAAGAAUAGUUUAUAGAAAUUAGCACAAUAAUUAAACUAAUAGUGAAUGUCCUAAUAUAUUUUGGAUCUGAUUCGUUUCAUUUCACUUAAAUCUUUGAUGUCAUCAUCAACGCUUUGUUACUUACAGGAAAUAACACAACCAUCGGAAAAGAUCAUCAGCUAUUAUCAAUUUUAGACUAAUUGCAAAAAUUACUUGAAGAGACAACCUCACCUUAUUUGUGGACCAUAAUAUUGGAGUCUAUAUUGAAUGCCUCUAGACACACGGAUAAACCCACAGAUUUUGUGCAACCUAAUCUGAUAGCAAGAAUCAUAUUGUCCAAAAUUCCAUUUAUUAAUGAUCUCUUUAAUUAUUUUGGUAAAUACUUGGGGAGAUGUUAUAAAUUUGAAUAUAAGAUGUUCCAAUCUAUGCUAUAUUUUGGUGUAACAGAAUCAACACUUGAUAUGAUAUUACGAUUCAGCAAAUAUUUUGUCAAAAAUUAUCAAACAGAAAUAUUAAUAGAAAUGAGAAAGAAUCUUAUACCAAAACUCAUAAAGUAUAUGAAAGCUACUAAUUAUUUUGAUUAAAUCUAGGAGUUGUUUAAUUACUUCUUAAUUUCAUCCUAGUAAUAAUAGUUAAGUGAUCAACAACUAGAUCUAUAGCAUUUCGACGAAAUAAUAACAAAUUAUGAUGAUAAUUUUGAUUUUUACAGUGAAAAACAACUACACAGAAUUGCCAACUUUCUUACAUUAAUACCUCAAGGUAUCAAUAAAACAGGGUUAAAAAAUUAUGGAACUUUAGAAACAAAAUUAAGAGCCAAACAUAUGUUCAAUCAGUAAAUAUCAAGAUCUAUGAUUGAGAAAACAGAGUAAAUUUAAUAUUGGUUUAAUGAAGAAAUUCAACAAGCUGAAAAAAGUCAGCCAACCUAGAAAUUAGUUGGUUUGAGAAAUCUAUUAAAUACCUGCUAUUUGAACAGCUUUAUCUAAGCACUCUUUUGGAGUUUGGAUUUUAGAGAUCUUAUAAUGAAUAAGUUCAAAAGAGAAGAAAUUGAAUUUUUAAAACCCUUUAGUUUAAAAACCAGUUUCCUAAGAUGCUUCCUAUUCAUGGAUUCAAUGACUGAGGAAAUUGAUUACACUCCAUUAUUGUUAAAAAGAGCCUUGAGAGAACCCUACAAAACAGACAUCAGAUAACAGGAUGCUGCUGAAUUUGGAGUUCAUUUGUUUGAAGAUAUGGAAAAUAAUUUUGAUCCAACAGAAUAUUCAUAGAUAAAGGAGAUCUUUUAUGGUGUGUCAAAAUCUGUAUUCCAAUGUAAGAAUUGUGAGAAGCAAACCAAAGGUCCCAAUGAAGAAUUUAUGUACAUCACUUUGAACUUUGAAAACGAUAGAAAUGUGUAGGAGGAUAUAGAAAAAAUGAUCUGGAGGCAUUAAGUGAAUGAAUAGAUUACAUUUAAAUGUGAUUAAUGCAAAAAUACUAGUUAGAGUACAAGGACUCUAGAAUUUUCAAAAUUGCCUAAGAAUUUAAUCAUUUUAAUUAAUAGAUUUGAAUUUGAAUAAGGAAAUCGAUAUAAGAUAAACGAUUCAAUCAACAUUAAACCUAUUAUAUAGAUAAAAGAGAAUCAAAAGUCUUUAAAUUAUGAAUUAUAUUCGAUUAUUAUCCAUUUUGGACAAACCCCAGAUAUGGGACAUUAUACUGUUUAUUGUAAGGUGAAAGAAGAUUGGCAUAGAUUUGAUGAUAGUAUCGUAAGUAAAAUUGAUAGAGAUUUUACUAAAGUUCAAAGGAAUUUCAAAAAAGAAGAAACUCCGUAUUUGUUAUUCUAUCGAAGAAAAAACGGAUGA